UGCGACGUGAAACACAGGAGAAAGUGAACUGGCAUCCCAUCCACAUUCCCUCCACCUGACGGCUUGUGUCUCUUUAUACCUCGUUUCCCUGAUCCAGAUUUCGAAAGCAGACAUUGUCUAUGCCGAUGUAGCGAGGUUACCAGGCAGCCUCCCAUCAAGAGUUUGGGAUGGGGCUUAAGCCAAGUUUUUUUUAGAAAAAACGAGCAGAGUUCCUAGUGGUGUGUCUGAAGCUCCAGUGUAGAAAGAUUAACGUCAUUCUAUAUAAAAAAAAUUCCGCUCAGGGCUACAGGAAAAACCCGCAUUUCUCCACGCCGGAGGCGUCCCCUCAAACAGAGCGAGUCCACUCCCAGUCUGACCGCCAGAGCCUGCUCCCUUCAGCAGCUCCCCAGAGCAGCUUCGGCGGUGGUCUGGGCUUAAAGCGAUCGCUAAUUCUACCGAAGAGAGUGGGUGUUGGAAAACUGUCCCGUUACAAUGGCCGGAAGACGAGUUGAGAGGGAGGCGGUUUGGCUGAGCUGCUCUGUGAUUCUGAUCAGUUUUUUACUGUCCCAUGUACAAGCUACACUUCCAUCUUCCAGAUACCAUCUGUACUCGGCCAGGUCCCCACCCCGGCAAGCUGCCAACAGACUCACAGGACGCAACAAAAACUGGUGUGCUCACAUAGUGAAGAAGAAUGUGACAUGUUCGGUGCUGGACAGUGCAGCAAGUUACAUCAAGCCGGAAUACCAGCCCUGCCCCUGGGGUCAGCUCAAUUGCCCUCCUACUGUGCGAUAUCGCACACAUUUCCGUCCUCUAUAUAAGGUUGCAUACAAGGUGGUGACUCAGCUAGAGUGGAGGUGUUGCCCUGGAUAUAAGGGUGAAGAUUGCAAGAAUGGCCGGUCACAACAGACUGCAAAUUUUCCACUGCCAUCUUCUGCCCCAAGACAAAGGAAUCUUAUCCCCAAAUCUACAGAUAGCCAAGUUCAUAAACUGCCGUCGACUGAUGCUCAAGGCCAAAAAAUUCAACAGUUGGAAUAUGAGGUACAGCGCCUUAACCAGGUUCUGGAAAAAAUGCAGACUUCAGUAACAGGAUUGAGUGACAAUCUGAGGCAUAGUGUCCAGGAAGAUACCAGUAAAAUGGUUGCAACAUUAUUGAGUAACCUGAGACUGCCGAGCAGUGCUGUUGGCUUUGAAACUUCCCACAUUCCAGUCGUCCAUGAGAAUGGAGACACACUCUAUCAAUCAGCAAUGGGUGAGGUGAUGUCUGAACUCACAGAGGUGAAGGAUACAUUGAAGGCCAAGGGUGAUAUGCUAGAUGAGCUACACGGAAUGGUUACUGGACAUAAUGGACAGUUGAAGAAGCUCAUGGAAGCUGUCCAAGCACCUGUUUCUACUUAUUCUCCAUUUUCCAAUGGAGACUUUUAUCAGUCUUAUAUUGAUAGUAAAAUUGAAACUCUCAAGAAAGAGUUAAUGAUAGGUAUUGAUGAGAAAUUUGCAGAUCUGAAAAAUUCCUGUGAGUAUAAGUUAAUGUCACUAAAAGAGCAAUGUGAAGAAAAUGAAUCAAACUAUGAACAUGUAGAAGAAUUGCUCCAUGAAAAAGAAGCUGGACUGAGAGAGGAGAUCAGUAACCUACGAAAUCAUCUUCUACAAUCACCUGGGUACUUCAACUGCUGUUCUCACAUAGCCACUUUAAGACAGCAACUCAACAACAUGGACCGAAAGGUGUACAGAAUUGCUGAUGCUAACAGGCUUUUGAAUGCCAGAUUGGAUAAUGAAUUAGAACGUUUCACUACUCUUAAUCUGGAAGAUAUUUUUAGUGAGAGGUUAGAGGAAAUUGAAUCUAGAAUAAAUGUUACAGAGAAAAAUGCUGAGGAGCAUUGCUUUUAUAUCGAAUAUACUCUUAGAGAACUCAUUGAACAUGAAGUUGAUGGUGUCAAAGAACUUGUAAAAGAGAGAGUACAAUUCUUAGAAACAAAACAUAACAAUGAUUUUGCAUUAAUUAGCAACAUAACUUUAACUGGUGCAAGAGAUGGUGAACAGGAAUCAAUACAGCGAAGUGAUCUGAAUUUCAGUACUGAUCACAUCAAUAAAGUGAUGGAUUAUGUUGAGGUUAGGUUGCAUAAUUUAGAAUAUUUAUGCCAGACUGAUUGUGCCUCUGUAACAAAAGAGAUGAAGGACAUCAAAGUGGAUUUAGAAACAUGCAAACAUGACAACAAACAAUUAUUGCAAAAAACAGAACAAAACUUAAUUGUCCUUAAUGCUCUGAAUGAUACAGUUCGUGAAGGUCUCAAGAUGAUGGAAGAAAAUGAAGACUUAGAGAUGAUACAAGGAGAAAUCAUCUCAUUAAAAGUCAAUGUAAAUGCUAUUGGAGAAUCUGUUCAAGCACAGUGGGAAGGUCUGACAAGGAAUAAUGAAACACUCUUAACAGUCGAGUCCACCUUAACAAAGAAACAGGAAGAACUCCUGGAUAUGAUUUACAAACUCCAUGAAACAGAUAAAAGUCUAAAAUCCCAACUCCAGAAUAAUAAUAGUAGUCAGUUAAAUGAAAUGAAGAAACAACUGGACCAAUUAACAAGGCAGGUUACUCACGACAUUGAUAAAUGUAAAGAUCAUGCUCAGGGGAUCCAGAAAGAAGUCCACUAUGUUGACAGCAGAGUGGCCCACAUUGAGAAUGUUUGCAGUAAACUAGACAAUAUUUCCACCAGUCUACAGAGAAUUAAAGAUGGUCUGAACAAACAUGUCAGCAGUCUCUGGAACUGUGCCCAUCAGAUGAACGAAACUGUGAAAUCACAUUCCAAUGAAAUUGAUUUGUUGAAAAGUGCUGUUCACCGAUUUUCAAACCAAGGUCCAAAAAUUGUUCAGAAGACAGACGUUGUGCUUCCUGUUCAGCCUGUUCCAGUGGAAAGAGGCCAAGCGGGACCCCCAGGCCCACCCAAGCCAAGACAUCCCCCCGUCACAGGAACAAGCUAUGGUGUCAUUGGGGAGGUAGGUUAUGCAGGCCCCCCAGGAUCAAUGGAUACAUCAGAUGUUAGUGGUUCUCACGAAACAAAACAGCAAAUUACACCAGCUCCGGGUAGAGACCAUGAACUGUCGGGGCAUUUCGUAACUUUUGGACCUCCAGGAAUCUCAGAAAAUAAAGCUGCUCGAAAGCAUGUCUCCUUUUCAGUGGGUCUAACCAGAAAACCUUUCAUUGGUAAUGCAGGGAUAAUCCGAUUCAACAAAGUUUUAGUUAAUGAUGGGCACCAUUACAACACAAAUACAGGUGUAUUUACAGCUCCUUUUGAAGGACAGUAUCUCAUCACUGCAGUCCUUGCUCCUCAAAGAAAUGAGCAUAUUGAAGCAAUCCUGUCAGUCUCUAAUCAAAGUAUCAUGCAGAUGGAUACUUCUGGCUAUCGAAUAGAACUGCUGGAAUCUCAGAGGCCCCUUAUGGGAAGACAGACUUGUGGAGGUGUUGGAAUCUUCAAUCUGAUCCUGAAUCUAAAAGCUGAAGAUGAAGUCAGUGUCAUAGUGAUUGAUGGUAAACUGGUUGACACAGAUGAGAUGUACUCAACUUUCAGUGGGACUCUUCUGUAUGAAACAUCUUCUCAGAGCUAGCCAAGUAGAAGAAUGGUGAACAAAUAGGAGAUUGAAAUACACUGACUGGGGCAAAGGAAAAUCUGAAGAGGAUGUAGAUUUUCCUGAAUUUCUGGGAUUCAUGGUCAAAGGAAGUACUUUUAUUUUAUAAAAUACCAAUUCAACAAACUACAAUUAUGGAUAAACCUCAAUGUGACUUAUUUAGACCUAAACUAGUAAUAGCAUACAUUGUUCUUUUAAAGAGAUAUAUUUCCAAUAAGACAAAUAAAGUUAAUCCUUUUUAGUG